CUGAGCCCAACAUAUCUUUUCUUCACUUCAGUAUUCAACAUCAGCAAGGCACACAUACAAUCAAGCAAUGAAGAGGGAGAGAGAUGCAGAGGCGGAGUUGAAUCUUCCCCCCGGAUUCCGGUUCCAUCCCACAGAUGAAGAGCUUGUUGUUCAUUACCUUUGCCGCAAGGCCAGCUACCAGACUCUACCGGUUCCAAUUAUUGUUGAGAUUGACCUUUAUAAAUAUGAUCCUUGGCAGCUUCCUGAGAAGGCGCUGUUCGGAAUCAAGGAAUGGUACUUCUUUACACCUCGGGACAGGAAGUACCCGAAUGGGUCGAGACCUAACAGAGCCGCAGGCAAUGGAUACUGGAAAGCAACUGGCGCUGAUAAACCCGUUAGACCAACGGGAAGCACAAAAGCUGUUGGAAUAAAGAAAGCGCUGGUUUUCUACUCUGGAAAAGCUCCUAAAGGAACCAAGACUGAUUGGAUUAUGCAUGAGUACAGGCUUGCCCAACCAAAUCGUUCAUCUGAUAAAAAGAGCAGUUUAAGGUUGGACGACUGGGUUCUUUGCCGGAUCUACAACAAAAAGAACAAUUGGAGGGAGAAGAUGCAACACCAAAUGAACCAACUAUUACCUCAUGAACCUAUUGAUCCCUUUGAGGUGGCUGAAGACGAUGGGUCAGACAGUCUGAGGACCCCUGAAUCAGAUAUUGACAUUGAGACUCUUUCUUACAAUCACGAUCUACAUGGUGCCCAGGGGCAGGGCUAUUCAUAUCAAGUGCUACAUGAUAACAAUUUGCAAAUUACUGAUACUGACAGCGGUUUCCCCGCACGAGAAUGCUUCAAAGAAGAAGAUGACUACUGGUUAACAAACUUGAAUCUGGAAGAUCUGCAGAAUUCCCUUACAACCUUUGGAACAAUGCCCUUACCAGAUUUCAGUUAUCAGGAUUCUUUUUCAAUGAUCCAUGGUUUACCAUACUAACCAGCUGCUCUUUAAUUACAGUGCUACUAGCAGAAGGCUGAGGGGCCUUUUUUCUUUUUCCCUUUUUUUUUUUUCAUUUGUCCCAACAAGGGGGAGAGAGUAUAACUUCAUUCAAUUAAUUACUUCUCAGGCCACACUUCGUGUAUUCUUUUUGCCCAUCUUCUGAAUUACUCCAAAUACAGCUUGUAAUUGUCUUUUGAUGUAUAUAUAGUGGUAUCUUGUGGUA